GCCAAUCACGUGCUAGGCGCGGUCGCUAGGGCCGAUUGGCGCAGGGGCCAACGUCAUAGGGAAAUUGGAUACUUGUAGCUUCUGCACCCGGUUUUCUUUUGCGUCGUCUUGUGUGCAGCGAGCCUGCUCUGCUCAGUUCCUAGAGCGUCCAUCUUCUACUACGCAAAAGUCUCCUCAUUCGAUAUCCCUAGGGUGCGCGCGACCGCCAAAUCGCCCAUUAUGUCGUCUACCGGUGGACAAACUGGCAAUGCCACCAACAAAUCGUCAAACUCCCUGUCGGGCAUGAUCUCGACCUUGAUACCUGCUGCACUUCUGGCAGGCGCCUUCGUCGUCGCCUUCAUCAUCGCCCGCAAGUACUUCCGCAGGGUGUACGCGCCAAGAACCUAUCUUGACCACCUGGGCCAGCAGAGGCAGACGCCAGCGCCGAGUGGGGGCCUCUUUGGCUGGAUAAAAGAUUUCAAGAACCUCAAAGACGAGUACAUCCUGGAUCAUCAGUCAAUUGACGGCUACCUCUUUGUGCGCUUCUUCAAGGUCCUCAUCGUUAUCACCCUCUUUGGCUGUCUGAUCACAUGGCCCGUCCUUUUCCCCGUCAAUGCCACUGGUGGCGCUGGACAGCAGCAGCUCGACCUACUCUCUAUGAGCAACAUCAACACCGAUGGUCGUAACAUCAACCGCUACUAUGCGCAUGCCAUAGUCUCGUUCAUCUUCCUUGGAUUCAUCCUCGUCGUCGUCGCCCGCGAGUCAUUCUUUACAGUCAACCUGCGCCAGGCAUAUCGCCGAUCGCCCUACGGUGCUAGCCGUCUAUCUUCGCGUACCAUUCUCUUUACCAAUGUGCCCACUACACUUUCGCAGUCGGCGCUGUUCGAGAUGUUCACGGGUGUCAAGCACGCCUGGGUUGCCUCCAACACCAAAGAGCUGGACAAGCUGGUCGAAGACCGCGACAAGACCGCUUUGAAGCUAGAAACAGCCGAGGUUCAGCUGUCGCGUGAUGCAAACUUGAACAGAAUCAAGGCCGACAAGGGCAAGAAGCACUUCGUUGCAGGAGACGUGGCCGACGGCACCAAGUGGAUUGACCCCAAGAAGCGACCCACUCACAAGCUCAAGUUCCUUAUCGGCAAGAAGGUCGACACCAUCGAGUACGGACGAUCGCACUUGGCCGAACUCCUUCCCAAGAUCACGCAAGAGCAGGACAAGCAUUGGAACGGACAAGGCGCCCUUGUUGGUGCCGUUUUCCUCGAGUUCGAUACGCAGAGACACGCCCAGGACGCUUGGUUGAUGAUGCAAAAGAAGAAGACGAAGCCCAAUAGCAAGCUACAAGCUCGCCAGCUUGGUGUCAUGCCUCAGGAGGUCGUGUGGGGCAACCUACGCAUCAAGCCCGCCGAGCAUUUCGUCCGAUGGGCUGCCGCAACCGCCUUUAUCUGUGUCAUGAUCAUUUUCUUUGCGGUUCCAGUCGGUUUCGUUGGUAUCAUCUCCAACAUCAACUAUCUAGCCGACCGUUUCAGCUGGCUUGAAUGGAUCCUCAAAAUUCCUCAAGUCAUUCUUGGUGUCAUCACUGGUUUGCUACCUGCUGUUAUGCUUGCCGUUCUCAUGGCUCUAGUACCCAUCUUCUGUCGCCUCGUGGCCAAGCUGGCUGGUUAUGUCACGUACAGCCAGAUCGAGUUGAAGACUCAGAGCUGGUACUUUGCCUUCCAGGUCGUCCAGGUCUUCCUCGUCGCUACCUUAACAAGCGCCGUUACGUCCGUAAUCAAUGACGUCCUUAAAAACCCCGGCAUUGUCCUCAAGCUCCUUGCGCGGAACCUGCCAAAGGCUUCCAACUUUUACAUCAGCUACUUCAUCCUUUUGGGGCUCUCUUCCGCUGCUGGAACGCUUCUCAACAUUGGUGGUUUCGUUGUAGUUGUACUCCUCGGUCGCGUUCUUCCCGGAAAGACUCCUCGCAAGAUUUUCGACAAGCUCACUAAGCUCUCUGCGCCCUCAUGGGGCUCGGAGUUCCCCAAGUGGACCAACUUGGGUGUUAUUGCUAUCACCUACUCCGGCAUUGCUCCGCUCAUGUUGGGGUUUGCUCUUGUGGGGUUCAGCCUCAUUUACGUUGCCUUUAGGUACAACUUCCUCUACGUCUACGAAACCGACCUCGACACCAAGGGCGGGGCAUACCAGAAGGCCUUGCGUCAGCUGCUUACUGGUGUGUACCUCUCGGAGAUCUGCUUGAUUGGCCUGUUCGCCAUUGCCACCGCCGAUAAUAUUCAGGCUGUUGGUCCUCUUGCGAUCAUGGCUCUCUUGCUCGCCCUUACCAUUCUUUUCCAUGUUACUCUUGGAGCAGCUCUUCGCCAUGAAGAAUCUCGUCUCGCAUACACUGACCCAGCUGCCUUCAACCACCUCCCAACCAACGGACACCACGAGGACGGCCUGAACGGCGAAAAAGUCACCGGUGAGAACAGCAACACCUCGGAACUCACUCCCCGCGCCUCCCGCAUGCCCGCCUUCCUCCGCAAAAUCUUCAACCCCGAGCGCCACUCCAUCCACACUCUCUCUGCUUCGCUCGACCAGUUCUACCACUCGCCUCAGCAGCCACUCCCCGUUGAGAUCCAGAAGCGUGCCUUCUUCAACCCGUCCGUCACAAGCCCGACACCCGUUUUGUGGAUCGUGCGCGAUGACAUGGGAAUUAGUGCACGCGAGAUUAGGGAUUCGAAUAAGGCUGUGCCCGGCCUUCAAAUGACCGACGAGCAGGCCACUUUCAACGAGAAGGGCAAGGUGUACUGGCACGGCGUGGACGAUGGAAAAUCAAGAGAAGCUCCCGUAUUCGACGAGAGAAUCGUUUACUAGUGGUGAGACGAUGCGGAUGGAAGUUUGGGGGAAGAAAAAUUGGACGGAUCUUGGAGUUUGAUACCCUCGGGGAUGCUAAUGGAAUGAUGAUGAUGACGGAGUAUAUCACAUUACAUCCCUUGGGUCAUACACAUACCCACACUUGGUUUUGGUCCUGUGUUUGGCUCCAUAAAAUCGCUUCGUAACGAUUGUGCGUGUGCGGUUUUUAGAUGAGCGAAGGAUGGCUGGCUAGUUUUUAAUCUUUUGUCUUGUUUUCCUUUUUAUCUUUCUACGAGUACCCCGAUACCAGAUACAUGCAGUAAAUAGUUGUAAUGAAAAGACUAGCCUCGCCUCCGCAUCU